GGCGGAUGAUUGUGCCACAAAGGGAAGCUAGAAUGAUGGAAGAACGGCACAACCUCGGGGCUGCUGCAAUUCUGACAUAUCGGCAACAGCGUGGAUGAUGGAUAAGCUGGAGGAUGAGCGGGUGUGGAGUGAUGUGAGAGUGGAUGAUGAGUUGGUUGCUCUGAAGGGCGGGGCACCUGGUUUGUCGCUUGGGAAGGUACUGUGGGGGGUGGGGGUGCCACCAAGGGAGUACAUGACAGACAUGCGGUGCCAUGAGACAGCAGAGCACCUGACCAUGAAGGGACAGGCCCGGGGACAUGAUGGGUCCAGGCUGGCAGUCCCGCAGGAGCUAGGGUAUGAUAAUGGUGCUGUGAAUGUUGAUGAUGAUGGCUCCCAUGAUGUUCCCCUGAGUGCAUUGAGGACGGAUACAAUGGCUGUGGGUUUAGAUAGGCCGUAUGACAUGAAGCCAGAGGAGGAUGCUGAUGAUGAUGAGGAAGGGGGGGAGGCCCAGGUGCAGGUGAUGAAUACUGAUCUAUGGAUGGUGAGGGUGACAUAUUUUGUGGAGGCGGCGGCGGCGCGGUCGAGUAGUGUUGUGCCAGAGUUGGCGAAUGGUGGUGUGAUGAUGUUGGUGCUGCUGGUUGAUGAUAUGGAGCAGGUGAUGGAUGAUGUAGCUGUUGGAGAGAUUCAUAAUGAGGGGGUUGAUGAGGAGGAUGAGCAUGAGAGUGGUGAUCGUGACAAGCAUCUUGAUGAGGAGGAUGAGCAUGAGAGUGGUGAUCGUGACAAGCAUCUUGAUGACGACGACUGUGAGGAUCAUGAGGAGGAUGAAGCUCACGAUCAGGAUGCGGAUGCACAGAAGAAUGAGAGUGGGUGCGAGGGUCAGGAUGGGGAGGAGGAUGCUCACCAUCAGGAUGUGGGUGCAUGUGAGAAUGAGAAUCAGUGCAAGGAUGAGAAUAGAUGUGAGGAUGAGACUGGGUAUAGCAAGUAGAGGGUUGGCCGGGCGGUGUCUGAUGAUGACCUGAGGACAGCGAAGUCGGAUCUUGUGCUGCCAUUGGCUCUUGAUAAAGUGAUUGGAGGUGC